AUGUUUUCGACUGACUUAACUGUUCAAUGUAGUUCGGAAACUAAGGAAAUCUUUCAAUGCGAACAUCCAUCGAUAAGUAUUUUCAAUGGGCAAUAUGUCAAUCUAUCGGAAAUUGAACAUGAACUCGAACGUUUACCAUGUAUUCGUAAAGUAUGGGUUACAAUUAUUUCGAAUAAUAACCAAGAUUUCAUCGGAGCUGUCUAUCAAGUCUGCGACGAUGCUGCGGCCUUCGUUAGCAUUUCCUGGUUUGAACGUUUAGUCACUUUUGCUAAAUUAUGUUUACCAUCACGCUUAAUUCCGUCACUUUGGGCUCGUGUCGAGUCGAAUAUCGAUGAUCGAAAUACGUUGAGAGAGAUUCUUCACACUGCUGAUAAAAUUCAUAAAAAUGAUCAUCAUGAUGAAACAUCACUUUCUUUUGAACAAAAAAUUCAACGACUUGUUCAGAAUACACUCAAUCUCGAUCAUUUACCCGAUUUGUCCGAAGAUUUUUUUCCUGAACGACGAAAAGAUACAAUAUCAUCUCAUCGUCUUGUACGAGCAUUACAAAUAGAAAGAUCCGAUUACACACAUACUAACUUAUUCGAACAUCGCACACUGCAAGAUGUUAUUCACUAUCUACAACAAUCACCUACUCGCAAAGAUUGA